AUGGAUUUUUCACUGGAUGAUUUUAUGGCCAGUCCCUCUGUUGCUAAAAUUGAAAAGUGUAAAAAAGCAGACCUGUUGAUUGUGGCAAAUUACUUUAAUGUACAAGUACCAUACAAUGUCAACAAAGCAGAGCUCAAACAGUUGCUGUGUGCACAGUUGGUGGAGCAGGGCGUCUUACCUAAACCAGCGCUUGAUGCGGUUGCUGCGGGUGAUGUGGCUAGUGUCGCACCGGGGGCUGAGGUGAAAGCGGCGGGGGCUGCUGGCACGCUCGCUGCUGGUGCGGAACUUGGGCCGGUCACGGAUCCUCUCAUGGGUACCAUGACCACAGAGGAUCUCCGCAUAGCACUCCAAAUAAAGGAGGCAGAGACCCGAAACAAACAGCUAGAGGUACAAGCAAAGGAGGCCGAGACCCGAAACAAACAGCUAGAGGUGCAAGCCUUGCAUCUACGCUUAAGGGUUCUCGAGCUGGAAAAAGGAGCCUUUGCAGCCUCUACCCCAGUGCCUCCUGUUGACCGCAGCUCUGUUUCUGCUCCCGCUUUUGACAUAAGUAAGCACAUUGCUUUAGUCCCUCCGUUUCGUGAGUCCGAGGUGGACUCGUAUUUUAGCGCUUUCGAGCGGAUAGCUGCUGCCCUGAGUUGGCCUAAAGAGUUCUGGUCCCUUCUCCUCCAGUGUAAAUUAGUGGGGAAAGCUCAAGAAGUCUGUGCCAGUCUGUCUAUCGAGGAUAGUCUUGAUUAUAAAAUCUUGAAAAAGACUGUGUUGCAGGCCUACGAGCUGGUCCCUGAAGCCUAUCGGCAAAAAUUUAGAAAUAGUGAGAAAACUUCCAACCAGACCUAUGUUGAAUUUGUGCGUGACAAGAGCGUUCUGUUUGAUAAAUGGUGCCACGCGUGUAAUAUUAAAACUAUGGCGGAAAUGAGAGAGCUCAUUUUGCUCGAGGAAUUUAAAAAGUGUUUGCCGGAGCGAAUUGUCGUAUAUUUGAAUGAGCAAAAGGAGUCAUCGGUAACGAAAGCAGCUGUGCUCGCCGAUGAGUUCAUUUUGACUCAUAAAAGCGCUUUUUCUUUGCCAACCCCUCGUGUUUUACAUCCAAUGUCUGAGCGCAGAAACCGAUCGCCAAAGCUGAUGCGUAAAAGCACCUCACCAGCUGCGGGUGAGAGCCGCGAGUGUUUUUAUUGCCACGAGCCAGGCCAUUUGAUCGCUGCAUGUCCGACUCUUAGAAAAAAAGGACAACACAAAAACGGUAAACCUCCUGCAGGUGUGGGUUUCAUUAACACCGUGUCCCCGCCUGUAACACUCCCGGAGUCUUUACCUGAAGCCGAGGUAAAUGUGGAGGUUGACCCUCGUUUCAAACCGUUUGUUUCACAAGGAUUUGUUUCUGUAACUGGCGAGGAAGCGGAUAAAGUACCGGUAACUAUUCUCCGAGAUACAGCCGCCUAUCAUUCAUUCAUUCUGGCUAGUGUUCUGCCACUCUCAAAUGAAACUUCAUGUUUCUCUGAUUUGUUAGUGUGGGGAAUUAAAAUGAGCGAACUUAACGCCCCACUUCACAUGAUUCAUUUGCAUUCACCGCUCGCGUCGGGGCGUGUGAAAGUUGCCGUGCUCCCACGGUUUCCGAUUAGUGGCAUUUCGUUUAUUUUGGGUAACGAUCUGGCCGGAGGAAAUGUGUUUCCUCUGCCAGAGGUCGUUAACGAUCCCAUUUCGGUUACGUCUGCCUGCUGCCCCACCUCUGUUUCUUCUGCUGUGUCUGUGCCAAAUGUGUUUCCUGUGUGCGCAGUUACGCGCGCACAGGCUCGUAAAUGGGGUAAAGCUGGGGAUUUAUGUAAUUCGUUUAUGGCUACGUUAGAUGAGGGUGAGCCCUCCUUUUCAGUGUCCCCCGCUACUGAGUGUGAAAAUGUAUCAAAAUGUGUCUCUGAGCCUGAUGUGUUUCCUGCUGACGCAGACUUGAGUUUAAACGUGACCCGAGAGAUGUUGAUAAAUGCUCAGAGAAAUGAUCCGUCUCUACAUUUGUGUCUGUCCUCUGUUGUAGCCGCCGAGGACGACAGCCAGACUUGUGUGUUUUUCUUGGACAACGGUGUCUUGAUGAGACGGUGGAGUCCCGACUCCAGGGAGAUACCCGUUGUUAAUCAGGUGGUUGUGCCGACAGACUAUCGGGCGCAAAUUUUGAGUCUAGCACAUGACUCCAGCUUAGCUGGCCACCUCGGUGUUAAAAAGACAUAUCAUCGUGUGUUGCGCAAUUUUUUUUGGCCUGGGUUAAAAUCCAUAAUGCGCAAAUACUGCCUCGAGUCCAACAGAGAGUGGGAUGAGGGCUUCGUUCUUCUGUUAUUUGCCGUGCGUGAAACUCCUCACAGAAAAUGUGAUAGCAGACGCUUUGUUGCGGUGUUCCUCAAAUCCGUAGGUAUUAAACAUUUAGGGGGAUGUUUAAUUCUUGGGUGUGGGGGUGUUAUGACUGGGGUCAUAAUUGGUUGAGUGUCUGCUGGGUGUGUGUGCUCUGUGUUUUCUCUGUGUCAAUCUUGUAUGCAAAUAGGUGUGUGCCACAGCAACGCGGUCAUUGGUGGGAUGGACUACGCCCUGUAUGGUGAUUGGCCGAGACCAGCUAUAUCAAGAACCAAGAUGGCAGCCACCAUGUGCAGAGGCCAGGCGUUCCUCAUCCUCCUCCUCUCCCAACCGGCCACCCUAUUUUGCAGCUUAAAGACUAUGGUGUAUUGUGUUCUGUUUUCCUUCAGUAGUAGGGGUGGACUGCCAGUUUUGUUAACAUUAUUUUCUCCUGUAUAUUUUAGUUAGGGAGGUAAGUCUUUGUCAUUUGUUUCCUUUGUUUUGGUUAGGUUAGCAUUACUCUACAGACAGGAUCGUUUUGGUUGUUGUUUUGGCCUUGGUCCACCCUGAAGUCUAGUCAUCCAGCCUUAGUUCCUUUGUCUAUCUUUUGUUAUUUCCUGAAUUAUGUAAAUAAAUCUGUGUUUUAAAAUUGAGCGGAAAUCUCGGUUGUUGUGGCUACUUGGGACUUGGGGAUGAUGAGGCCUUCUCAUGUUGUGCCCUAGGCACCCCUAGACUGGGGCGUAACAAUAGGAGUGGUAUGGUAAUGGCAACAGAAAGUAGUCUGACAGUCAAAAAAUAACAAUUCUGUGCGGUGCUGUGUUCAAGAAUGAAGAAACACACAUGAUAACUAACAUGUCUGUUAGAAUAAAGCAGUGCUUCUCAAAUAGUGGGGCGCGCCCCCCACUAUUUGCCAUACCUGGGGGGGCGCGUGUGACCCUGGGGAACAGGCUUUUUUUUUGGCAGUACUAGAAUAAAGUGUAAUUGCGCAUCCACUACAGUAGGCGGCAGUGGCGCUCUCAUUGUUACUUCUGUCACGUUUGCGACAGUGCAACAUUUUACGACUUACAAGACAACAGGUUUGCCUUGGUUAGCAGUGUUGAGUCAACAGAAAGCUCCGACUGCGUCCUGUCUAUAGCCUCCGUUAUUCAACAUAACAACCCCCAACAUGAAAAAGUUUUUAACAGGGAUGAAAAGAAAAGCGGAGAGAGACAAAGAUAAUGAGACAAAAGAAAGUCAGCCGAAAGCUAAGACGAGGAAAUACGACGAAGCGUAUUUAGCGCUUGGCUUCACUGUGAGUACAGUUGGAGAAGAGGAAAGACCGGUGUGUCUGCUGUGUCUAAAAAUGCUCGCAGCGGACAGCAUGAAGCCAAAUAAAUUGGCGCGUCACUUAAAUACGUUACACACCAAUCACGCCGAUAAGUCGCUAGAGUUUUUUCAGCGAAAACGUGCUGAAUAUGGCCAACAGUCAUCCCGCUUUGUGAAGGCUACUUCAGUAAACCAUCGAGCGCUGUUAGCAUCAUAUAAGGUGGUGUACCAAAUCGCGCAGUGCAAAAAGCCCCACACCAUAGCAGAGGAGCUGAUACUGCCUGCAGCAUUAGACAUGGUCUCUGUCAUGCUGGAUGACGCCAGUGCAGCAAGGAUUUAUUUAUUUUUAAUUUCAGGCAUUGAUGCACUUAAAAUCUUUUCUGUUGCAGACUUAAAACACAAUUUGAUUUAUUCUUUGUGAGUUUGACCAUAUGUCUUUCUUUUUUUCUUUAAUGUUAAUAAGGAUGAAAUGUUAUGCAGAGAUGGAUAGUCACGGUGGGGAGUGGGGGGCGCGAAUAGUUUUCUUCUUGCUAGGGGGGGGCGUAACAGAAAAUAAUUGAGAAGCACUGGAAUAAAGUAUAAACUUUCAUGGUUAUAGGAAUAAUUAAUUAAUAAUACAUAAUGAUUUGUUCAGGUGUGUGUGUGUGUGUGUGUGUGUGUGUGUGUGUGUGUGUGUGUGUGUGUCCAUUAAUAAUACAUGAUAAUUUUUUCAGUGGGUGUGUGUGUGUGUGUGUGUGUGUGUGUGUGUGUGUGUGUGUGUGUAAGAGAGAGAUAAAGGCAGACGUGUUUGUGUGUGAUCACCUACCAUGGUGCGAACAACGGUUUUGUUGUUGACACUGUGCAUCUGCAGUGUAUGUACCCACCCAGAUGUAAAAAAAAAUGUGGGCCAAGAGAAACUUUACAUAAUGGAAGGAAUUAAAUGAAUAGUAGCUUGUUCCUUGGAUAAGGUACUGCAUGAAAUGCACCUGGUUAAGUGGUGGUUGCAUCUCAAAAUCAUCUUCUGACCAUACAGUGUUUUCAUAUGGGUUGAGUCCAUCAAUGUCCACAAUUUCGCUUAGGUAACGCUCUCUUUCCUCAUUGUUCAGCUUGUUCCUGUACAGUAUGUUGAGUCCAAGUUUUGCUCUCUCCAUUCCGUUGUCCUUUUACGGUGUAAUAACUAAUAAAUAGCUGUUUUUUAAAACCUACCGUCACACGCCCAGGAAUUUCACUCGACAGCCAUAAAAAAUACAUCAAAAUGGAGGUAUAUGUGUCCUGCUUCUCACAAAAGAGGUUUUAAAUCAUUAAAUCAAACCUCUUGGCCAGAAGGUGACCAACUGUCCAAAAAGGCAGAGAUUCCUCCUAUUGACCCUAAUGUAAUUUUUCUCCCAGAAAAUCCUAAACAUCACUCAGGCUCAGACCUGUUUAACUCGCUGUUGUGGCCACAUUUUUUAGAGUACAGACAUGAAAAACACAUCAUUGUGUUCAUGAGGGGCGGAUGAUUCAUAUGAUGUUCUUAUUUUCAUUCUGGGAUUUAAGGAAAUCACGCUAUGUGAAGAAGUUCAGAGGCCCUAAAUUCACUGCAGUUAGGCAGCUUCUCAUUCAAACAGUAUGUCAGUUAAUGCCUUUGAUGUCUGACACCUGUUAAGAUGCAUUAAUUAACAGGCAUACACACACACGCACACACACACACACACACACACACACACACACACACACACUCUGACAAUGUGUGUGCGUUAGCCUCUCUCUGUCUAUGAGACCUACAGGUACACACAAUAAUAUGUGUCUGCUUCACCACCUAUCUCCACCCAGAAACUUGGAGCUACAGAAACCAUUCUGGGGUUGAAAAUUUCACCUUAUUGAGGACACUUUGGGGUGUUUUAAGGAAUGUGAUAAUAAAUUAUAUUAAUGUGUUUAGCAGACCCUUGUGGUUCUCACAAGCUCCUUAUCAUGAAUAUAUACAGAGGUUGACCAUCAGGGCCUAAUUGGAGAUCUAUUUCCUCAGCUUCAAGCCUCUUCUCUCCUGCUGCAGUGACACAUCUUCCUUCGCCAUGGUAACCAAUUAGUGCACCUGGAGACACACAGCUGACUGGAAAGCUGCUUCUAACGGCCAUAUGAGACACAUGAAGCCAGGCUAAGUACACAGAGCACUGAAUGUUACAUUUAAAACCCUUUACCAGAGCACCUGACAAACUCCGGCCCCUAUCUCCUCCCACAAACUUUGAGCUACAGAAACCAUUCUGGGCUUGAAAAAUUCAGCUCAUUUAGGACAUUAUGGGGUGUAUUUAGGAUUUUGUUAAUUAAUUGUAUCAAUAUAUUCAGCAGAGUCUUGGGGUUCUCACAAGUUUCUUAUCAUGAAUGUAGCCCUUACAGAGAAUGAGCAUCAGGGCAUAGUUUUGGAUUUUGUUUCUCAGCUUCAAGCCUUCUUUUUCCUGCUGUAGUGAUGAAUCUACCAUCCCCAUGGCAUCCAAUUAGUGCACCUGGAGACACACAGCUGACUGGAAAGCUGCUUCUAAUAGUCAUAUGAGACACAUGAAGCCAGGCUUAGCACACAGAGCACUGGGGGUUACAUUUAAAACCCUUCACCAGAGCACUUUACAAACUUUAGCCGCUAUCUCCUCCCACAAACUUUGACCUACAGAAACCAUUCAGGGCUCCUAAAAUGUAUUCAGGAUUUUUAUUCAUUUAAAUUUUCCCUACUUUAAAUGGAAUCCCAUUAUUAAUACAUUAUUCAGUUCUUUAGACAAAUUAAACUCAUUCAAACUGAUUCAAACCUUUCUCAUAUUUCAACCUUGUCUAAUACUUUUUUUAGGAUUUUUAAUUAUUUAAUUUUUUUUCCCAUUUUAAAAUCAUUCUCAUUAUUUAUGCAUUAUUUAAUUCUUCAAACAGAUUCCCAGAUUUACUACUACAAUUACUACUAUCACUUCUACUUGUAUAUUCACUUCUGCCUCCGCUACUCUUGCUUCUCAAUAUUUUUUUACUGCGUCUCUUACUUUCACUGCCACUAUUACUUCUACCACGACCUCUACUGCUUUGACUUCUACUUCUUCUAUUCUAAAACUACUUCUACUGCUUACAUGACUACUAAUAUCACUACUACAACUACCUAUUAUCCUACUACUUCUAGUACUAAAACUUUAACUUAUGCCACUUCUCACUUGUCUGUGUUUUAAGGUCAUUUUCUACCUUAUCCAAUUUUUUUUGCAAUUUCAGACAGUUUUUCUCACCUCUUUCACCAUGGAUGCAAUUUUAAUUUAUGAAGCACAUUCAUACUGUUUGGACUUCAACAGUUUUCACUUUCAUACAACUUCAACUUCUUCUUCACCCCUUUUACUAAUUUUACAUUUAAACCUUCCUCUAUUCUUUAUUAGCAGUUUUGCAUUGCUUAUUCAGCUUUCAGCACUCAGCAUUUCCACACAUUUUCUGCAAGGAAAUGCAAUUUUCUAGUUAAACUCUGACCUCUCUAGAUCUGUUCAAAGUUUGUCUGACAUUUUGAAGCAGACUGAGCGCUAAGAGCUUCUUGAAGAGAAUAAAAGUAAGUUGUAAGUCUGUGACAGCUUCCCUCUUGUAUAGAAUUUGCACUACAAAUGACAACCAUGACAACCAUUCAAAGAAGAAACAAUGUCAUUGAUAGAAACAGUGAAGAGUGUGGGGCGCAGGAAGAUUUCAUUAUUACGCACCAAGUAUAUGGACUCUCCAAAGUCUUUACAAUUUCAUGCUGAGAAACUUCAUUCUGGGAUUUCAGAGCUAUUUCUUCACAGGCUAAAUCUCAAUCUCCUCCCUAAACCCAAAGUCCUGAAAGACUUAAUUGAUGCCUCCUGAAAAGUGAUUGAGAGCAUGAGGCAGGAAAUGAUAAAAGAAGAACUGUUCUCUGCAGUGGUACAAAAAACAAUUACAUGUUAUGCUUUCAGCACCUUUCUCCAUCAUUUUGACACCAUAGCAACACAUGGUCAAAGAAAUAGGAAGGAAGGGGAAAGUUUUAAGAAUAUUAAGUUUUUAACCUGCAUGAAUAAUUCUGAAAAAGUUAAAAAAAUAAAGAAAUAAAAUCCAAAUAAUUUGUCUCACAUUUCUCCCUGUAGAUAUAUGUAUGACAAAAUAGAGGCAUUGUUAGUUUUUGUGCUACAGUGUGAAUAAAACUCCUUCAGUGGGGAAGUAAAAUGGUUUCAUUUCACCAUGGAUGAGCCUUUCAGCAUCUUGCAAAGGUGAAAACAGAUGUGCUGGUGGAUAUUGGUGAUGUUUCAUAGUUACACUUACAGGAACUGAUUUUUUUAAAUGGUCAAUGUUGUGCCUUACACACUUCUUAUUUUCCAUCUUUUUAAAUCAUUUCUGUGUUAUGGUGUUUGCUUAUGUAGUUCCCCUUCCUGUUCACAGCAUAAUGCUAUAAACUAUGGGUAAUUCUCUAAUGCAAAGUUCUAAUGCAAGUUUCCCACUUACAGAGAGGGCCCCGAAAAGUUUUUACAGUCACUGAGUGGGUGAGAGUGGACAUUGAGAUCAGGCCUCACAGUCUCCCAAAGAAUGAUGAUCCUCUGGACUCCUAAGAGACCCAGACAUGUUCUGUUACAUGGACUCAUGUCAUCAAAUGUUUAAAACAAGCUCUGACUGAGCUUUGAAUGACUUGUUGCAUUUUAAAAAAAUUAAACACAGAGUUGCAAACCAUCUAAUUUUGUUCUUGUUGUCAUGUUAUGUGGUGUCCCAACUCUUAUGGUAUUAGAUGGAAUUCCUGUCAGUCUUUUGAGGAAGAUCUGCAUUUUUGGCUGCAGCUUCCUUCAGCCCACUGCAAGGGAGAGCUAAAUUUGCUUGCCUCGAUGUAUCAGAUCUGAAGGGGGAGUUCCUUUCAGCAACCCCCCCCCCCCUCUUCCCUCGUCUCCCUCUCUCUCUCACACACACACACACACACACACACACACACACACACACACACACACACACACACACACACACACACUCAGCAUCUCCACUCUCACGAUGUGUAAAUCCAUUGCUCUGAUGCUUCGCAGAGGCACCAGCCAGUCCAUCUGAGCCGCCCGUGGGAAGGAUUUGAGUCACAGCUCCUGCAAGAGGUGAGUCAUUCUUUCUUUCUGUUGUAGACACUCCUGAUGGGUUUAUUUCCCCAAUUCAGAGCAAAAGUUGUUAUUCAUUUUGUGUAAACUGACACUUGAGAGUAACUGGUAUCAGAUCUAUGUGGAUUGAAAGUGAUUAUUUUUUCACCUGACGUGUUUCUGUGAUGAAUGAAUGUGAACUUCACAUUUGCUGGUGCUCAGAUACAAUUCGCAAGGAGCAUGUGGCAGCAGCUGGACAUUUUCAGGGCUGCUCUUUAGAUUUGUUGCUUGUAUUAUGGACUUGAAUUUCAUAUACAAAAUAUAAGAAUGUAUGAUCUAUUAGAGUAUAAAGAGCAAAAAAUUUAACUCUGCUUUUUUAAAGCCCUUCUUCAUUAACAGCUCUGCUCUGCUCCUGUUCAUGAUGCUGGUUGAUCUGUUUUAACACCUUUUUGAUGGAGUCAAAGCUUUGUCGGAGGUGAAUUCAGCACCAAAAAACCCAAGAUAUGUUAUCCCAUCACACCCACCCCCUUAAACUUUCACAGCAAAGUCUUGUGAGAAAAUGCCCUGGUGUUAAUGUGUCUAGUUUUUGCAUUAACAUGCACAGGACUGAUUUUACUGCACUGGCAGAGGCUUGAUCGUGCAGCAGCUCCAUGUCAGCUGCUUCCUAUGGGAACUCAAACACAGGAGGGGUCCAGAUACUGCAUGGUCUCAUGGCUUACUGCCAGAUCUGCGUUUGCUUUAGCUUAAGUUUCUAAAGCCCUGAAUGCCUUGAACAAGGCAUCUCUCAUUCAGCAUGUAGUAGGGAAAAACUGUAAGCUGGCUGUAUUUUUAGCUCGGAGCUGGUGGAGGCGAAAGCAUAUGUCAUGUCAGGAGAGAGCGCCAUGCUGUGAGGCACAAAAACUGAACAAACGAGCAAGUACAAGUGAGUAAAAAGCUGAGAAAUCUGUUUUAUCAUCACUGACAAAAUCAAAUAGGCAUCAACAAAAUGCUAUUAUAAGAGCUUCUGUUAUAAUCGUCUGGUGAGAAUAUCAUUUCCCACCAAGAUUACUCUCCACGCUGACAGACAGGCAGCAGUGAGCAUCCCUGAGUGAGAUAGGAGGAUAACACAUCUCCUGUAGAGGGCACAAAACUCGUCUACAAGUACAAGUCCAUUAGAAAUCUAUGACUUGAUUUGAAUAAUUAACAAACUCAUGUCUGCUCCCCUGACUUAUUCUCUCUGACAUAUGCAGAGGCAGAGUUGUGUGGCGAGGGAAACAGCUUCACUUCAUCAAAGCUUAUGUAAAUAGUGACGAAGUAACAGAACAUAAUUGGAAAACAGCUGCUCAUCCAUACAUGAGCACAACACAAAGAAAAGUAACCAUACUUCUUCGAAGUUUCUGAGAAGAAGGGAACUUAUUUAAAUGUCCUUAUUAUUGGCUCAGACUUUCAUUAGCUCUUACUCUCCCAUUAACAUUUAUGUUUGUAUCAGGCUCUUUUAACAUCCUGACAGUAGUGGGAAUGAAUGCCAUUGGAUUUCUCUCAGUUUGUAAUGGAGCUCAAUUUGUCCCAUUUUAAUUUGUCAAAUUGGGUGAGGAAAGGAUAACACGAUUGAGCUCAUAAAGUGUCUUGUUCCCUUGUCUUUUUUUCUCACACUAAAGAUAGAAACUGCUUGUCUUAAAUUUUUUUACUGUUAAAGUGUGAUUUUGGAUAUUUGCAUACCAGAAUAAGAACCUUUAUGGAGAAUUUAGCAUCUCUGUGUGACAAAGUCCAGCACUUUGCCGAGCAGCUUGUGUUUGUGUUUCUGAUGUUGUACAGAAAGGUUUGGUAAAAUGAGUAUUUAAAAGAAAACCCUGCCAUCUUAAUCAACCAAACCUCGUGAAAUCUGUCGAUAGGACCUGGUGUAUCAGUUUUCCUGUCUAGCUUUGAAGGAUUUGGUUAUGGUUUGUAUGGUAAUAAUUGUGUUAUUUUUAAGGAUGUGAGAGAGAGGGAAAAGAGCCAUUUAACACAGUGUUUGUGAGGGUGUAACCAUGACAACCUUUGAAGAAGUGCUCAUGACCACAGUGUUUCCAUCAUUCGUAUCAAUAUCAUCAGAACUGGCUCCUCUUCAAAUCAGCUGCAGAUUGAGCUCAGGUUGAUGAGCUCUCUUAGCGUAGAUCACCUCCUCUGGUGGCGUCCUCAGAGAUCAGAGAGAGAGAGAGGAGCAGCACACCGAGCUUUCAAAUCCUGAACAAUGAAAGACAUAAAACAUGACUGUGGCAACAGAUAACAGCAGAUAACACCAGUGUAAUGACUUAUAUGUUUAAAGAUCACAAAACAAUGAGCCCAAAGUCUUCAAGAAAAACACUCAUACAGGAUGAAGCAAGGCACAAUUGAUGAGUUAUUAACAGGACAAAGAUCAUUCAGCUUCAUGUUUCUGUAAACUCAUGAACCUUUGAGGGAAUAAACCUUCUCUUACUGUCCAGCAGAAAACUGACAACUCCAGCGUCACUCUUCAAACACAGAUUUGUCAUUCAAUGAAACACUCAAGUUAACCUUUAUUUUCUGUCGUUACCUGUCCUGCUCUCAUUUCAACUCUUCAUGUUUUUGUUUUUGGAUAAAGGGCUCUGUUUUCAAAGAGGCAGCGCAGCAGAUGGUGGCGCACCCCGCGCAGUGGUAUUUUUGUCUAGCAAAGCCUGGUGCACAGCCAGUUUGGUAUUGCCAUGCAAGAUAGCAGGGUACACACAAGAAAAUAUUCAGGCCAACCCAACUUCCUUCCUCCAACAAAAGUCAACAAAGGCCUGGUUAUCUUGUCAGAUUUUGUGAGGUGUUCAAUGAUUUUUCGUUCCCCUAUCUGCUCAGGUUAAAAGCAAACAUAAGUCAUUUGGGAAGCAUACUGACUGAAGAGGAAAGUGCCACAAACAUAACCAUUGGCAACUGUAAUAGAAAUUAAGAUGGACAUUAGAAAUCACUUGGGAUCACAACAGUUCUUCACACUGUAGAAAUGCACCUCAUGGAUUAUAGACAGAUAACCUCUCAUUUUAGUCGUUGCCAUCAUCAAAACAUUACACUCUGAUACCCUGUUUCUUGGCUGCUUUACAGUCAUUUAAUGUCUCUGCUGUGUUGACAGCUAUUAACAAAACUGGUGUCAUAACUCUGUCUGCCUGAGCUGUUGAAAAACUAAGCCGACUUUUGAUCCACUUAAUUAUUAUAAAACUUAAUCAUAUCAAAUGUUUUUGGGCAGAACAUGAACCAAUUAGAGUGUCCUUUAAUUUCUCUCAAAGACAAAUUACUUGGAGACUAAUGAUCCUGUAUUUAGGGCAUUGCUCAUGAAACAAUGUCAGCCUGGGUUCAGCUGUGAUUACAGAUCAUUUUGCCUCAUUAGCACCUGUCUGCCUGAACUCCGAGCACUAACAGAGGCUUCUGAUUAUUCUGAGGCACAGUUUAGACUUAUCAAUGCUGCAGUGUCAAUUAACCACACUGUCAUGUUGCUGAAUCAUAUUGUCUGAUGUGCAUCAAACAUAUCAAUACUUUAGAGCAGUGGUUCUCAAUCCAGUCCAGAGUCAGAGUUAUCAAGUCAUCAAGCUCUGUAAUGGCUUAAUAACGAGCUGAUCAUUUGAAUCAGGUGUGUUGGAGCAGGGAAACAUCCAAAACAUGCAGGACAGGGGAGGCUCGCAGCAGGCCUUUCCUCCUCUUUUGGCUUGACUUUAAGGGCUGCACGAGGCUAAGAGCAUUUAAAUGAUGUAAGAAUGCAGAGGAAGCGAAAAGCUUGGCCUCCCCUCAAAAUAAUCUCCUACCACUGUAUCAGUAUCUGGUCUUAUGUUUACACCAGGGGUGGCAAAGCUGUGCAUAGCAAGUUUCCUUCUGGAUAACAUACUAAAGGUGCUGUUAAAUCACAUUUCAAAGCUCUGCCGUUGACUUCUAGUGGUGUAAAAAAAUAAGUUUGAUGAAGCUCUUAGGUUCAAGGUCUUGGUUCAGUAUAAUUUUGGUACAACAGGGUGAAAAAAAACCAAAUGGCAUUUCCUUAAAGGACUUUUACCCAUCGUGUAAAGUACACACCAACAGUCCAUGCUUGUAAGUCAUUUUUAUAACAUUUUACAUAAAAUAAUGAAAAAAAAAAUCAUAUAAAAAUACAAAAUCCAACUAGGAAUCAAACAGGAUCUGAAAUUCACCCCCCACUAAGCCCUAAACUCACACUCAACUCAAACGUCACUGUCAUUGUUUGACCAUCAGCAAUUAAUUUUCUGAGCCUGAGCAUGUAGCCCACAAACACCAUUUGACAGAGCUUCAUCCAUCUCAUUCUCCCAGCUUAGUCUCCCAGCUUCUGCUGCACUGCUGCUCCACUACCUGUCCACUGGACCUAAUAUCUUCAAACCUCUUGUUGACCAUAUUUCCUGCAGUUAUCACAUCAUCUAGCUUCCCUGUCAAUGUUUUACCUUCUGCAUUCAAGCGAACCACUGCUUGAAAACCCUCCAUCAAGCCAGACCAUCUUGAAAACACCAGACCAGCUUCACUUCUGCCUUUCUUGUCAAAAACUUAAACAGAGUCUUUAACCAUGUCAUUGAGUUUCUGCACAAUAAAGAUGCACUUGAUUCAAUGGGGCUUUAGGUGAGACCGCUCCACUGAAACUACGCGUCCUCUGCUCUAUUGCAAUUUGAUUUUUUAGCUGCCUCUGGUGCUGUGAACCACUAAACCCUCCUGAGCUCUGAUUCUCUGAGCUGAGUAUAUCAAGAUUUGCCCUGUCUCACAGGAAGAUCUAUUGAAGGGUGGUCCAUUGACUGAAAAGCCUCACGAGUCAGUGCUAGGUCUCUGUCUCUUCCCAGUGUACACAAUUUCACUUGUUGCAAUCAUUCACUCUCGUGAUUUCCUAUACUUUUGUAAUAAUUCUCAGAAUACCCAGAACUUUAUGUUGUUUCACACGAGUUUCACCUCAUUUUUCCAUCCUGUUUUGAUGAAGAAACGCCACCUUCAGCCCCUGGUAAAGGUUCUUGUAAUGUCACACAUUGACUUCUGCAACUCCUGGCAGACCCCUGCAUUCACAUUCAAACCUCAGUAGAGAGAGGAUCAUGAGUUGUCUUCAACCACCCUGAACCAUUAAGUCACUCUGCAUCUCUUCCCUUUUCUCCACCGGCUUCCAGUUGUUGCUUGCAUUAAAUUUCAAACUCUUCUGCUUGCUUCCAAACAGCAACUAAGGCCCCACUGACACAUAUGUGAAUAUUUCAGUCAGGAGAGACAUUUAAAGAUUAGAAAAUUUAUUGAACAAUUAUUAGAAUGAUGCUUGACAGAAAGUCUUCAGUGCUCGGACUCAAUGCUGUGAUUUGUAAGAAUGUAGGAUGCCUGAUCUGUGCAGUGGCAGGAAAAUCCCCCAGUGGAGCCCUGAGGCUGGUGGUGGCUGAUGAAUGCUGGGACCGGAUGGAUGAAUGAUGGCGCUGUUGAUUCUGCUGAGGUGGAGAUGGGGAGAUGGAGGGUGCUGCAUACAAACCAGUGGUGAGAAGGAACUAGAGGCAGAGAAAAAAUUGAUUAUUAACAUGAGCGCAGAACAAGGAUAGUCUGACUGUGAGUGUGUGCUACCAUGCUAUUGGAUAAGGAAAGACACUGGUAGAUGGCUGAUUGAGAGGACUGGACAGGUCAGGGCACGGUGAGAAGGGGAAGAUAAGUUUCUCCUCAUGGAGAUACUCACAUUAUUUUCAACUCGAGAGUAAGGGGAAAAACAACAUUUCGGUAACAUAUAAUCUGUGUCCCGGGUCAAAAAUCCUUUCUAGAGCAAACAACAGCAACAGCAAUCUACUGAAGUGCCUGGAGAUGCGGCAUGCUUCGACAAAGUUAGCAGCUAAGGUAGCUAAAGCAGCAUCCGAGAACAAGAGUCACAGCAGUGAGCACACACCCACUCCACCGAAGCAGCAGUGGUUGGAGUUCGAAAGACAGACUCAAAGCCAGGCACAACUUCAUGUACAGAUCAUAUUGCUUGGAUGAUUAGAUUCAGUGAUGCAAAUGCAAAUGAAUUAAAAUGGUUGCUUUAAUCAACAGUUUGUUUUAUUCAGUAUCAGUACAGAACUGACGCCUAGAGGGGAACUCAGUCAAUCUACCUUUAUGUAAUGGGAGCACUGGAAGAAUGUUUUACAGUAACAAAAUAGUUGUUUUCUCAGUAACGCAUUACAUUUUGGUUUAAGUGACUGAGUUACUGACUGAGUUACUUUUUUUUACAAAGUAACUAGUAACUUUAAUUAUUUACUUUUUUCAGUAACUAGCACAACACUGUUAACCAAUGACUGCUCUGAGUGAUGACAGCUGGAAAAGUGAGUAGGCGUGGGAGUGGAAAAGACACUAAGGCAUCUGUGAUGGCGAUUAUAGUCUUCCUGACUUAAUUGACACUGGAGCUUUACUUGUGAAAACACACACUUUGUGUAUGCUAAAAUGGUGCCCGCCUACCUCUCAUCUUGGCUGACACUCACUCUAGUCCAAUAUGCUGUGUCAAAGAAAGGUUCCUGGUAAUCCUGUAUCAAUAGAGCCCAGAUUUCCUGGCCAGACUCUGGUCCACUGUUGUCCCUUUGUGGUUGAAUGAAUCACCAGACUCCAUCCGAUGUGCCUCCGAGUCCCUCUGGUCACUUGAAGUGUUAAAUACUGAACUCUUUAGUGAAUUUAGUAAUGACACUGAUGGUAGUAAUGAUGUUAAUGAUGAUGAUAAUCAGAUCUGGAUCAUUGUGUUGUUACAUGUUGUAAUUAUUAUGACACUGUAAUUGUUGCUAAAGGUUUAUUUCUUCUUGAAGCCAGGCAAUCUAAUUUACAUUAUAAGGAGCUGAAGUAGAAAUUACUCUAUUUAAACAUAGCAAUUUUCCUCUUCAUGGACACAAAGCCUUAUUCAAAGAUCCUGUGAGGACACAGUGACGCGUCUCUAUGAUGUAGAAAAGGAGACCACUGAUGACAAGAUGACAGUUUCUGCACUGUAAUUUUUUACUGCCUGUAUCUGCUGUGAGUGGGCAGGUACGCUGAAGACGCAGCUUCAGUUACUCUUCCCACUGCUUAUAUUGAUGGUGAGUGAUAGAUUUAACUGUGAUUAGUCAGCAGUAGUGGAUAAUUUUUGUCACUUUCUCAAAGAUGAGAUGAAAUCACCAACACAAUAAGAGUUAUCCUCUUUGACCACCAGGGGGCACUAUAGUCAAAACAGGCAGAAAUUUUUUAACAGGAGUUACAAACAAUUUAUUUAUUAUUGGAUAACAAAUGAUCAACAUUCUGACAAAAUAAAUCUUAAAAAUUAUCUGUGUAACAUGAAAGGGUGCAUUAUUUUGAGGAUUUCCAUAAAUCAUAAAACAAGAAAAUGUAAAGACUAGAUUAUAGCAGCAUGUUAUGCUAAAUAAGAAGUAAACAGAUCAAAUGUUGCUCUACUGUGACAGUUUGACUCUAAAUGCUUUAUAACCACAUUAUUUUGCAGUCUGCGUGAUACAGUCCUGCAAAUCACACUGAAGGAUUUGGAUCAUGCUUUAUAUAGCAUGUUGGUAUGUUUAUGCAAAUAGCUUGGACUAGCAGGUUGUUGUUGGCAUGAUUAGUAUUUAAGGGUGAUUAGAUCUGAUUGCAGCUGUUGCUGUAUGUAUGAACAAUAUUCUGCUUGCAGCAUGAAUAAUUUAAAACACACUGAAAGGUAAAAAGAAAAAAAAAAAAGGAAAUAGUUCCAGUUUCAACAAAAGCUGUCCUCUGUUGUUUUUGUCCUGAUUUCAUUCCCAUAUAACCACUCAACUAUUAUUUAAAUCCUGAAAAAUGUUUUUAUAACUGACCAUGUAUCUAUAUAAAUACUGUGUGUUGUAAUAAGAGCCUUUCAUAUCUUAGAAAAAUAUACUGUUAAAGAGGGUUUCCUGAGCUUUUACAUCAAGAUGCGCCUAACUGGCUCUGAAGUUUCCACAGUUAUGGAUCGUAAAGAAUGUCUUCAUGUAAUACUGGGUAAGAAGAGAGUUUUUUAAGACAGGAGAUAAUCAGCUCUCAGCAAAUCAUCCCCCAAAUGUCUCUCUUGAUUCUUUGAUAGAGACACUGUGGGUUAGCUGCUGUCUGUUUUGUAACAGCUGCAGCAGAUCUCCAUCAAUAACUAACCCCCCCUGAGAUUGUCAGUGCACAGAGAGGAGAUACAGAAUGCCUGAGGAUACACAGAGACUGGAGGACUAACAAGGAACAACAGAUCACACAGACUGAAUUCUCAGGGUUGGAGUGAUUUAAACAGGUUGUGUGGUAGUCAGGCACGACAGACGCACCGCUCUGAUAAAGUUGUAAAUGAGUGAGGUAAUGACUGACAGAGCGCAGGGUGGUUUGAUGUGUGAGUGCCAAACACACUUAACUGGGAUUAUAAUUUAUACAUCUUCACACUCAAGAAGCCACACACUCCACAUGCUGCAUCUCUGACACCACAUGUUCAAACAGCAACCCAAGCUGCUUCACACCCAGCAGAGAGUGCACGAAGCAACACUGUGCACAUAAACUAAAUGUCGAAGUAUUCCUCAUAAUGUAGACCUGUUUAUCAAACACGCACAGCUCCUCUAGGCUGUAUCUGUUAUUAAUGAGCUGCUUUUUCUUUUUGGCUGAUGACUCUGCAGCUGAUAGAGAGAGCAGUCUGCUGUCUCUGUAAAAACUGAGAGUCCUUUCUCAUGCCACGCUCUGAAAAUCCAGCACCAGUGUGGCAACAGUAUUCUCUAGUUCAACCUUUGAAACAUAAGUGAGUGUUUUUGAAAAAAUUCCAACAGCCGUGUCUGUUUAGUCAGAGGAAAGUAGACAUUUUCUUUAUUCAUGAUCAAGGUCUUUUUUAUUUUUCAAAUGUAACAAACACAGGAAAUACAAUUCACACAUGGGACAAACAAGAUUAGUUCCUGUCCAAACAUACUAACUUCCCGCACCCCCCACCUACUUGUACUGGAACCCAAGAAAAAUUCAAUACAUCCAGAUUGACACAUACACAGACUAGGUGAAUAAAAAGAAGACUAAAACGAAGUGAAAAUAAAGAAGAAGAAAAAAAACACAUACAUUUGGGUUACAUAGACAUGUUAGUAGCUGCCGUACCUUCCACAAAGGAGAUAAAUGGCUGCCAAAUAGAAUUAGACAUAGAAUUUUCUAGUGGUCCCUCUUACAGUAUAUCAAAUUUUUUCUAAAUGGACGUAACUCAUAACUUCCCUUAUCCAUUGGCCAUACGUUGGGGGGGAAGCAUCUUUCCAUUUAAACAGGAUAAGUCUCCUGGCCAACAAAGAGCAGAAGGCCAUCAUACCUAGGUGGUUCCCGGAAAAAGCGGCACCAACCAGAGCCACACCAAAUAGUGAAAUCAAAGGAGAUGGGUGCACUGUUUUCCCACAUAUUCUGGAGAAUGCCUCAAAGAUAGAAUGCCAGAAACGGUAUAACAUGGGGCACGACCAAAACAUGUGAUCGUUGCAGACAAGCUCCUGCUACACUACUGCACAUGUAGGGUCAAAAUCUGCCUUAAUCCUAGACAAUCUAUCUUUGGUUCAAUGAAGACGGUGAACUAUUUUGAAUUGAAGCACAGUGUGUCUGAGGCAUAUAGAGGAGGAGUAAAUUUGCUGAAUAAUUUUUUGAAAUCGUUUGAUCUAAGUCGGUUUUCCACUUUAUUCUAAGGCCGUCCAGACUGUUCAUGUUAUGUGUAUUGAGUAAUGUAUAAAUUCUGCCUAUUAUUUUUUUUAUGUUGACUUUAGAUUUCAAAAUUGUUUCAAGCAGAGAUUCAGGAGGGCUCAGUGGAAAACAGUCAGAGUUGGACGACACAAAACCUCUAAGCUGCAAAUACCUGUAGAAGUGUGAUUUGUUAAGGCCAUAUUUAUGUUGCAGCUGUGCAAAAGAAGCAAACUUAUUUUCAAUGUAAAGAUCAGAUAACAUACAUAUUCCACCUCUUGCCCAGACAUUAAAAGCAUCAUCCAUCAUUGACGGGACAAACAUAUGAUUUUUGAUCAAUGGUGUUGCCAGUGAAAGAUCAGUGAGAUUAAAGGUCCUUCUAAACUGGUUCCAGGUUUUAAUUGAAUGGAUAACAACUGGAUUAGUAGUGAAAGCUGAGAUAGGCUGAUCCAAAGGUAAUUCGGAACAUAAUAGCGCUGCUGGGGAAGAAGAACCAAUGGAUGCCCUCUCCAGCCCUGUCCAUUCAGCACUGUUAACAUCCGAGCCAUCAUCUCUCAUCCAAUAUAGCAGAGCUCUUACAUUGAGAGCUCAGUGAUAAUACAUAAAAUUUGGAAGUGCCAUACCUCCCAUUGUGCGAGGCCUCUGUAAUAUAUUUUUAUUAAUCCUGGGCUGCUUUUUAUGCCAAAUAAGUGAAAUUUGACUGUUUAAUUUGGAAAAAAAAGAUUUUGUUUGAAAAAUAGGGAGACAUUGAAAUAGUUACAGAAACUUAGGGAGAAUGUUCAUCUUGAUCGUGUUGAUCCUUCCCCCUAAGGAGAGAGGCAGAGGGUCCCAACGCUCCAGGUCUUGUUUAAGAUUACUUGAGAGGAGAUGAUAAUUAGCCUUAUAGAGAUCCUUAUGAUUACGUGUGACCCAAAUACCUAAAUAUUUUAUUUUGUUGGAACUAAAUUUGAAGGGGGUCGUCCCAAAGUAUGAUCUGUCUACAGAAGAGAUAGGCAUAAGUUCACUUUUCUCAAAAUUGACUUUAUAGCCAGAUAGUUUUCCGAACUUUGUGAGUAAAGUCGAUAAUUCAGGAAGGCUUGAGAGGUGGUCCGAUAUAAAUAAUAACAUGUCAUCAGCAUUAAGUGAGACUUUAUGCUCCAAACCUGCCCGGUACAUCCCUUUAAUGGUGGGGCACUGCCUCAAGGCUACUGCAAGUGGCUAAAGUGCAACAGCAAACAAAAGCGGUGACAGAGGGCACCCCUGUCCUGUGUCCCGCUUCAGCUCAAAAUAGGUGGAUAAAUUAUUGUCGGUGCGGACUGCAGCCAUCGGAGGUGUGUAUAGGAUUCUAAUCCAGGAGAUGAAUUUAGGGCCGAAAUGAAAUGCUUCCAGAGUCUUGAAAAGAUAGUCCCACUCCACCCGAUCAAUCGCUUUUUCAGCAUCGAGAGAAAGCAUCACCUCAAUGUUCCCAGGAUCGGGUGGAGUGGGACAAUAAAGGAUAUUAAAUAAACGCCUGAUAUUAAAAAAUGAAUAGCGAUUUCUGAUAAAUCCUGUCUGGUCAGAUGUAAUAAUACUAGGUACAAUGUUUUUGAGACGACGCGCCAAAGUUUUUGCAAGAAUCUUCGCGUCUGUAUUCAGCAGCGAGACAGGACGAUAUGAGCUGCAAUUGAGGGUUUUUAUCCUUUUUAAGUAAUAAACAGAUGACUGCUUGACGCAUAGUUAGGGGCAAGGAAUUGGUGACUAAGGAUUCUUCGAACACUAACAAUAACAAAGGAGAUAACUGGUCGGAGAACUUUUUGAAAAAUUCGGUUGGGAAACCAUCUGGCCCAGGAGAUUUGCCAUUUUGCACGGCACUGAUUGCCAACAUUAUCUCCAUAACUGAGAAAUCCCUUUCCAGUUCAGCCGAGAGUUCUACACUUACAGAAGGCAUUUUCAGGGAUUUAAAAAAGUCCUCUAGGACGGAGGGAUUGAUGGGCAUUUCUGAAGUUUAUAAUAAUUGGUAAAAGUUUUUGAAACAGGAAUUGAUUUUGUCAUUGUCAGUGCAUUUUAUACCACAUAUAUCAUUAAUUUCAGGGAUGGUUUGGUUAGCAGUUCUUUGGCGCAGCUGGUGAGCCAGUGCUCGGAUGGAUUUUUCCCCGUGUUCAUAAUAACCAUGUCUUGAUUUGGAAAUCUGGUAUUCUGCCUGUCUGGUGGACAGGAGAUCAAACUCUGUCUGUAAUGACAAGCGUUUUUUGAGUAUGACUGCCGAUGGUAGUGGUGUGUCGGUCUUGAACGAACGGAUCAAAAGAACUAGUUCUUUUUGAUGAACGAAAUGAACUAGUUCUCCCCCCCUAAAUGACCCGUUCAAUCCGUUCAGUUCUUUUGAUUGGCUGAAGAGGGACUGCUUGCCUGUCUUAUCCUAUCUUCGCGCCUCGUUCUGUGUGUGGGUGGGGCUUAGAGAAGCAGCAGCAGUACUACUGAGCUGACUGAAAGACCGGAAUGACCGAGCUGACUGAAAGAACGGGUCAAAUGAACGAAAGACCUAGUUGACUGAAAGAACGGGUCAAAUGAACGAAAGACCGAGUUGAACGAAAGAUCCAGACGGAUGAACGAGUUGAACGAAAGACCGAGUGAACAAAAGAUCCAGACGGAUGAACGAGUUGAACGAAAGACCGAGUGAACGAAAGACCGAGUUGAACGAAAGACCCAGACCGAUGAACGAGUUGAACGAAAGACCGAGUGAACGAAAGAUCCAGACGGAUGAACGAAAGACCGAGUGAACGAAAGACCCAGACCGAUGAACGAGUUGAACGAAAGACCGAGUGAACGAAAGACCGAGUUGAACGAAAGACCCAGACCGAUGAACGAGUUGAACGAAAGACCGAGUGAACGAAAGACCGAGUUGAACGAAAGACCCAGACCGAUGAACGAGUUGAACGAAAGACCGAGUGAACGAAAGAUCCAGACGGUGAACGAGUUGACUGAAAGACCGAGUUGACUGGCCACCGCACGAGCCCCGACAGCCGAGCCGGAGCGAGCGGGACAGUCACACACACACAAAGGCACACAGCUGCUGCUGCAGCAGCCGGAGGCAGAGAGACAACUAUUAAUAUGCAUUUGCACUGUCUGUUGACAUUUUGUACUUUUUAUUAUUGUUUUGAAUGCACCUCAAAAUAAUAAAAAACCAUUAAAAACCUUAUAUAUUUUGUUAUUCCUACUAUAAUUUUAUAUUACAAGUAGUGCAGUGCGAUCGUAGCGUUGGACCGGGGGUGGGAAGUGGAGAGUGCAGCGGUCACAGAGUCGGACCGCGGGGGGGGGGGGACGAGCGGACUGACUAAUGACCGAUUGACCGAAAUGACCGAAAAGAACGAAAUGAACGGGUCUUUUUACUGAACGACCCGAAAUGAUCCGGUUCACUGAAAUGACCGGUUUUGCCCACCACUAGCCAAUGGGGAGUGGCUAUGAAGCCUGUCCAAUUGUAAUAUCUCAUCCGUUGAUUUUUUAAUACGCUCAGUGCUAGUUCUUUUCUUAUUUGCACAGUAUGAAAUAAUUUGACCCCUUAAAUAUGCCUUUAGCGAUUCCCAUACAAUAGAUGAUGUCAUCCCUGGGGUUUGAUUGAUGUCAAGAAACAUUUUCAUUUCAGAUUAUAUGAAUUUAGUGAACUCAUCAUCUGACAGAAGCAAGGAGUUAAACCGCCAUGGACGGUAUGAUGAUUGUGUAUCGGGAAUGUAUAUUUUUGUGAUUAAGGGGCGAUGAUCCGAAAUAACCAUAGCCCCGUGGUCACAUUCUUUUGUAAGAUGCAUAAUUCUUUUAGUCAGGAAAAAGUAAUCGAUGCGUGAAUACGUCUUGUGAACCGAAGAGUAGUAAGAGUACGACCUGGAGGUGGGGUUGCGAAACCGCCAUACAUCUGCUACACCAUAGGUCUUCAGACAGAGCUGGUUUGGCUGAUUUCGACUGGGAUGCCCUCUUAGAAACACUCCUAUCUAAGAGAGGAGAAAGUGCACAGUUAAUGUCACCACCAAGUAUAAGAUAAUGUGAAGUCAUAUCUGGUAAGUGAGAAAAAAAAUUGAUAAAGAAUGUGGGGUCAUCCCAGUUCGGUGCAUAAACACAGGCUAAAAUAACAGGGAGUGAAUAUAAUUUUCCUACCACAAUGACAUAUCGCCCUGCAGUGUCAGUCUGUACGUGAGAUGCCAUGAACUGUACAUUUUUACCAAUCAUAAUUGCAACACCCCGUGCUUUGGGCUGAAAUUGGAUUGGUACACCUGACCAGCCAAUCCCCUAACAAGACGAGAACUAUCACAAGAACUUAUAUGGGUCUCUUGUAGGAAUGCAAUAUCUACUCUCAGCUGUUUUAAGUGUGAGGAUAUCUUUUUAAAUUUCACUGGGUGAUUGAGUGAUUUAACAUUCCAGCUUAUUAAAUUGGCAGGGCAACCAUCAUGACCUCUGAUGUUGUUUAUAUUGGCCAUAUUGUGUACACAGAGAAAUGAGCACCAUAUAUGAAACCCAAGUACACAGAAACACAAAAACAAACAUAACUAAAAAUAAAAGUCUGGUGGAGUAGAUUCAGUUCGUACAUAGGUCCAAUAGUUACACCCCUCUUAUCACCCCCCUGAACAAGGUGAUAACAACAACCCCAAAGGAAAAAAAAAAUCCACACAAUAAGUGCUUGUGAUUGGGCAAAAACAUAGACUGUAUAUACAAUGGACAACUUGGUUCCGCCUACCGCUUGUAUACGGAUUUGAAGCCAAAUAGCUCUCGGUAUUUCUUCAUUUUUCUUCAUUUCCUGAAACCAGCGCUGUGCAGUAGCGUUGUGCGCAUUCGGCCGCACAGUCGCAGAGAGUCACUGUGAUGACACUCGGCUCAAACAGCGUAUCCCCCGGGUGAGCUACUCAAUCCUUGAACGCCCAUAGGCUGUAUCAGGUGUCAAUCAUAGAAAACAUGAACCCCCUAAUAACUUUUAAAAACGGAGCUUCACAGAAAGAAGAGGACUUGAGCACAAACCAGUCUUACAAUAACUACAUGCCAACAUUGCAAGCAGAGGGGAGAAAAAUUCAUGUUCAGUGUAAUAAAUUUCUAAAGUUGGUCCACAGCCCCAUAAGCUUUGCUGGCGGAGGCGGGAUUUAUGACCUAGACUGCAGCUACUACUACUUUUUUUUUUUUUUAUAAGCUAUGCAAAGUAAACUUAGAUUAUGAUUUUUGGGAGAGAAAGUAUAUGGCUAAUCAUGAGGUUUAGCAAGGUUAUACAGCCUUACUUCCUCACUUCCUUAAUAAGCACUGUGCCAUCCAUGUAAACAAACCACUGUGGCCGACCAGACUAACCCAUAAAAGUAAUCAGGAACUGAAAUAUUAUGUCUGUCAUAUUAACUAUGAUAUCCUAUAGAUCGAAACAUCAAACCAGAACCUUACUGGUAACACUAAGUCGAGCAUGAAAUAAAAUGUCGGCCUAUGGGCCCACAGUUCAAGCAGUCGAACAGUAUGUAGAAAAUGUAAACACUGUGUUAUAACUGUAUUUGUACCCGAUGAUUUCUGGCACUGUAGUACACGUGUUCAACAUGCCUGUAUGUCAACGGAAGCAUGUAUGAUCAGCCGAGAAGUUCAGUCUCACGGUCAUUCACCAGCCUCCGCAGGCGGGAGGAUGCUUUUCUUCACGUAAACCAUUGCUUUGUCCGGGUCAGUAAACUCCCUAUCGUCUCCCCUGAACGUGAUUCAGUACCGGACUCCCUCUUGGUAGCGAAGUAGCUUCCUCACCUCUGUAAAUGCAGCUCGAGCUUUGGCCACAGUUGCCGUGUAGUCCGGAAAGAUGGUAAUCGGUUCCCCGUUGAAGCUGAGUGGGCCCUGGCUGCGAGCGCGCCGCAGUAUCUGGACACACUCUUGGUAGUAAUGUAGCUUAGCAACAAUGGCUGGAGGUUUUCCGCCCGUCUUCUUCUGCCCAAGGCUCCUGUGCGAUCGAUUGAUCAGUGGCUCUUUAUCUAACUGUAGCACCUCAGUUAGCAGCUUUGAUACAGAGGUUGUUGUGCCUGAGUCGGGUGCCUCGGGUACGCCGAUGAUUCUUAUGUUGCAUCUCCUCGACCGCCCCUCCAUAUCCUCACACUUCGCUUUCAGCACUGCAAUUUCUGUCUUCAUCUCGUUCACCGUUUCUUGCAAAGUAACCACUUCAUCCGACCAUGCAGAUAGCCCCCCCUCCACAUCUUUGAUGCUAACUUUAGCCUGGUCGAUCCCAUGCUUCAGCACCUUGGUGUUGUUCAUUAUCUCCGUUUUCAUCACCUUCAGGUCGCUCCUGAGGUUUUCAAAUUCAUCAGCGAGGGCAUUCUUUAGUUCUGACCUUAACACCAUUGAAAUAUCCGCUUUCAGAGACAUUUUUUUUAUUCAAUGUGAGUUUAUAGAUUCGUUGAUGAAAAAUACACCCAGAAAAAAACAGCCCUUGUCCAUCUUGUUUUUAACUGACAUCUCGAAAUCAUAGUAAUUAGCUUAAAGUCUGGGCUCUUGCAUUUACUGUUUCAGCAGGACUUUGCAUUUUAUCAUUGAAGCAUGUAUAAAUCAGAAGUAGUGUUAGGAGUGAUGCAUUCAAAGUUUUCCACAGGAGCACUUUAAUGACUUUUGUGCUACAAUAAGUAACAUUUUGCUUAAGCUCUGUGAUUGGGGUAAUCUGUUAGUAAAGGGAUAUUCCGCAGUAAAUUUAAGUUAUGGUCAAAUACACCAUAACACCGAGUUAGACUUCAUGUCAAAUGUGUGACUGAUUAAAGUUAGACAGGAGUAAAGCUGCUCUAUAUCAAACAUGUUAACUUUUUCUUUACAAAGGACUUUGUGGCAACAUACGGUUUCAAAAUCACCCUUACGUUUGAGUGCAGUACAGCAUCUGAACAAAGUUCAACAGAUAUAUGGAUGCAUUAUUUCAUAACAAGCACACUUUUCUAACUUUUCUCUCUCAUAACUGUCAGUAUAAGAGAGGUGACUGCUGUUUCAGACCACCACCACCAGAAGCUUCCUUUUUUGGUGCGGAUUGAAAGAAAAUCCUAAAGCUUCAUAAGGCAUCAUCCGCCUUUCUCUCUCAAAAGGGCAUGAAAGCAAAAAACAAGAAAGUCACUUGGACAGAGUACAACAAUCAAAAUGGCAAAGAAGUGGAAAAGAAGAAACAAAAAGGAACUACAGUAAGGAGAGACUGUUACCUGCAGUCUCCUCUGUCUUCUAUCCUUUGCUGGACUGGCUGAUUAGACUGAUCAUUAAAACUGUAAAUAUUCAUAGUCAUAGAGGUGAUGAAGACAAGAGCAAAUACUGGUAAAGUAUUUGAUAAUGAUGCAUUCUACCAAUAAGAGGAUUUGUAUGGGUCUGAGCAGGACACAGAAUCGAUAAAGUUUAUGUAGUUUGUGUGAACUGAAAAUCAGCCUCUAAUGUUUACAGUGGUGCAGUCCACCAUCUUGUACUGCAGCACAGACAGGAUAAACUAGUAGUUUAUUUCUUUUCAUAUGAAGAGAUCACACAAAAUAUAAGAAGAAGAAGAAGAAGAGGAAAGAGGGCUUAUUGUUGUGUGCAAUAUAAUUUGUUUUAAUCGAUAUUUUUGAUGGCAAAAGCUUGACAAAUGAAUGACCAUACUAACUGUCCCUUCAUCCACUUGAGGCAUGAGCAGGGGAGCACUACAAUCUAAAUAAAUCUCUCUUUGUAUGAGUGGCUCUUCAGCUCUUCAUUUCCGCUCCUGCUACCGUGGAAGAUGUAAUAAAGGAAACGUCAACAAACAGGCGUAUUUUCUGUCCCUGAAUCAGGACACCGAGGAAUGUCCUAUGAUAGUGAUAUCAAUAAAUAAUAAUCUCAUGUUAGCUAAUGUAAACUGUGAAAAGUCUCUGUGGAGACCUGCCAUAUAACGUGAAUUAAUGAACUUCAAAUUGCUCCAGCCAAUGGCAGUUUGAAUGAUGACUGCACAUGAGGGGUUUAAAAGCAAUGAAACAGCAACAUGAAUUAAGCUUUUCAGCUGUAAUUCCUUCUCUCUUUGGAAAGCUUAAGAUAACUGCUGCUUUAAUUAAUAUAUGCAAAAAUUAAUUUCCAAUUAUAGUGAUUCUAUCAGUUAUAUUUCCUGCAAUUGUUUUGUUCAACACCACAGCAGUGAAAUGUGUUGACGACUUAAACCUGGGUUUUUCAUUAUGCCUCUCACUGCAGGUUAAUUAAGGUGUCUGCUCGUAGAGUCACUUUGUGUUGGGAUAAUUUCACUCUGCUGGGAUAAGGCGGAGUGUGGUGGAGAAAAUGGAGUAUAAAGUUUGAGCUAAGCUUUGGUUGAAUAGUUUUAUUAUGUCACUGAGGUGUCUGUGUCUUUCUUUCUUUCUUACUUUCUUUCUUACUUAGUUCCACUUAGUUGAGAUGCUUUUUUCACAGCAUUAAUGACCUCAUUUACCAUACAAUCUUCAGAAUUUCACAGGGUAGAGUAAAGGGGUUUGAAAUGCCUCUGUGCAGAAAAACAUAAGCAACUUAGAUGAUGUUGUUUUACAACGCUUUAGGGUCUGUUUGUCAGGGUCAUGGGAUGAGUUUAAAAGUGGAGGCCCGCAGCUAAACAUAAAUCUACAAUUAUAGACCAUCAGCUGAGUCAAAGAUCAAACACAAUGCCCCAUUCAGUGUUGAAACAUGCAAUGUCAUGACCUUCAUUCAUUAUCAUCUCAGCUGUUUGAAACAGCACUCAUGCCUUUUUAAAGAUGACGCAAAAUCCAAUGCAUGUGGAGUUCCUUCAAUGGAAAUACGACCGUAGGCACCAUUUUAUAAUUUUUUUUUCCGGGAAACAUCUGAUUUGAACCUUAAAUCCUUGAUAACAGAACUUAUCUGAUUUAAUCAGGGAAAUGAGCCAUAAAAUGCAACCUUUUUGCAUAGCGUCAUAUGGUUGUUGGGAUGGGGAGAAAACACUUAUGACUUAUCUAAAAUAUGCAGGUCAAAAGCUAAGAGAAGGACGGGUUGGGUUUUCCAGAUUCUUAUCUGUUUUUCUUCUUAUCUAAAUCUAGAGUAAUACAACAAAAGUUAAUUUUAAAUAUAGCUGAGAAUUCAGGCUGAGAACUACCACAACACAUCUAAGACUCUUAUAAAAGAUGAUAGAAAUGCUCUUUAUACUUUGUUAAGCUGCUUUUAUAGGUCCAAAACAAAAACAAACAUUUAACAAAUGCAUCAAAGCAAAAAGCAGCAAAGGGGUAGUAUUUACAACACAACUAUCACACAGCAUAUCUCCAUAGUGCUGUUGGGGACACAUUUCUCCUGCACAUAGUUGUCAGUUAAGGGGGGGCGGGGGGUGUCCCCCCCACUUUUUGUCAGGGGUCAUUUUGUCUCCACCACACACAAAUCUUUCACGUGUAAGCCAUUGUAACCCCAGUUAUUUUCAGCAGUAUUUACAAUUCCAACACUCCUGAACACACCAUUCCUAUUCGUCCAAGAUUUGCUUAGGGAUGCAGCAGACCUUCACGGAUAACAAAAGGAAAUAGGAAAUAGGAUAACAAAAACGUGCAGCUGUAGUAAAGUUGCAUCUGUGCCAAGUUGAAGCUGCGACCCAGAGUGUGCUUUUUUUCUGAUAAUACCUGUGGUGAGUUAGAAAACUUGUUAGCUCGUUUAACCCUAUGAUUAUCCUGUGUAAUAAAUAUAUGCAAGGGGGCGUUAGUUGGCUACAUUAAAUAAAAUGGUUAGUUGGCUACAUUAAAUAAGUCUACACAUUUUAUAGUAGCCAUACCAAAAGUAAAAUCAAUUAUAGUCAUCAUCCAAAGUCACCUUCGCUAGAAGCUGUCCCCCCCAUUUUUCGAAACAAACUGGCGCCCUUGCUCCUGCAUGACCCAAACUGGCCUGAGUGUAAAAUGUAGCUCUUACAAUAGGCGCCAUGCUUGCCUCUUGCUAACUUGUUUGUCGGUUGUUUUGGUGUGUGAUGUAACAUGUCUACUGGGUCAAGGCCCGAUCGUAAUGAGGUGAAAGGAGGCAUAUGGCCCCAUACCACAGCAGAGACAGACAUACUUUCCUCAAUAAACUGGUUCUCGACCAUUACUUGUAAACUGGGACGAGCUCAGUAAUCCAAUUUAAUGGCCCAUUUUAGCAAUCUCAGUGUGACUUAAUGGUGUGUAUCGCAAACUACAGCUGAGCCACAUCCACCCCUUAAUAUACUGACUUAUUCCUUUAUAUCUUGUCCACCCUCACCCCUAAUACACACACACACACACACACACAUACACACACGACCAAGGGCCUGAUCUACUAAGAUCCAAAAUAGCGAGUGUUAAAUUGCGUGUGCAACCUACAAAAUUGCACAUGCUAUUAGUGGGCGUGUUGCGGGGGAUCUACUAUCAUUGCCUGCACAAUUGAUAACAGUGCAAAAGUGGUGCGGACCACCCUCUUUAAAUGGGGAUUUUGCGUGCGCUAUCGGCCGUCACCAUGAAGAGUUUGUAAGAACAGUGUUUGAAGCCAUGGAGUUGCACAUAUCGUAUUAGGGAACUGCAUAAAAGGAAAGGCAAGUAUCUUUGUACAGCACAGUUCAUACAAUAGACAUUUCAAAGUGCUUUACAGAUACAAGAAGAUAUAAUAGAUAUCAAAAAAGGAAUUAAAACGGUUUAAAAUCAAUGAGACAAACAUAUUUUUUUUCAUCUGUUCCGUGUUUGACCUUAUUAUUUAUGAAAAUCAUAAUUUACUAGAAAACGAAAUAAAUCACAAGCUUUUGGACAAGGAUCAUGGCGUGUAUCAUGGCACUUCUGCCUCCUUCUCCCCACAAUGACCGUGUGUAAUGCUGUGUCAUUAUGCACGUGCCUUUCAAACGUGCUAAAUAUAGAAACAAAACAGCGACCGCAGUCGGUUUUCGGGUUUGAUAGAUCACACUGCGGGUACUAAAUGAUUGCAUUUGCAUCUGCUCCUCACAGAAUUUUGGGUGUUCUGAUGAUCUACAUACAGCCUGCAUAUUCAUAAAGGUAAACAUGCUAAAUCGAUGUUUAAAUCGUGCUGUGUUGCUCAUUUGACAGACGCAAUCCUCGGUGCACCCAGUUAGUAGAUCAGGUUUGCAUGAGCUAUCAAGUUUGCACGUGUUUUUGCACACGCAAACCUUUAGUAGAUCAGGCCCUAAGUGUGCAGAGCCACAUGCUGGGUCUCCGUUUCCAUCACAGCCAUCACGUGGAGUGACAGACCAUCAGCUGCACUGAUUUAAAACUUCCCUGUGGUGUUUCACUUUUCCUUGUUAUUUUCUUUUUGACAUUAUUUUAAUGUGGAGAUAAAGUUUGUGCAUUAAAGCGAGGUGUGCCCUAAAAUAUGGGAAAAAGACAUGUCUGUGGUUCUUCACUGAGGAAGAUUUAGCUAUGAAUAGGAAUGAUCAGCACAGGUCACAAUGUGACCCAUGAGCAGAGUUUGUAAUAUAACAGCUGAAAAUGUAAAGAUGAGGAAAUAAAUCCUUGACCUCAGAAAGGGGUUCAAACGUUCAAACAAUGAGAAAAAUGAUAUUAAUAAAAACUCAAUCCUGGUGGAAACAGGGAGUUGGUGGAGGAUGGGGGGGGGGGGGGUGAUCAUGUUUGCACACUCUCAUCAGGAUCCUAGUGGCCUUUAAUUACAUAAACUAAUGACAUGACUGGGAGAAGUGAGCCAUGCAUUCGUCUUUUCUCUCUGUUCUCAUUCAUAACUAAUCUAAGACAUCCAUUUCUUUGCUGUACCUUGUGGACAAUGUAUUAUUUAUUUUGCUAUUAAGGCAUAUGAAGGCAUUGUAUAUGCUUAGGGGCUGGCUCUAAAAACUAAACCAAGAUCUUUAAUCUCAGGAUGAUUUAGUGAGAAAGACUGCAUUUCCCUUUAAUAUGGGAUGAUGUUUCAUUAAGUAGGACAAAAAGUAAGUGAGAGGUGUGAUUAGAGAGAUGUUCAAGUGUUUCAUGUCAGAGUCAAUGAGAAGAUAUCUUCCUGAUCCGGCAGCGUUUCACAGCACUAAUUUGUCUUGUAUUUCAGAUCAUAUCCUGGUACAACUCAUGAUCAAUACUUACACAUGCUGUGAAUCAUAGGAAGCGAGUUAAGUCGAAAGUUUGCCCUUAAUCUUACAGAGAAUUGGGACACCAAUUUGGUUUAACACGCAAAACCGGGGGCUAAGUAGUAAGACAAGGGCUAAGGGGUGCAAUUGGGAUUGGCCCCUAGUCUAUCAGACUGGGCUUUCUCUGGUCUCAAGGUGCUGUAUACACCAAGGUGACCAGAUUUCUGUAUUGAAAUCCAAGGACACCCAAAACAUCAAGGGGGGUGGGGGGUACCAAGCAAAAUGUGAUUAUUUCAGGCCCUCUAUUUCUGGAGAACGGUGGGGGGGGCUUGGUCUGCAUGAUCACAGACAACAUCUCAGUACUAGCAGCACACGCCCCCCAUAAAAAAAACAAACAAACAUAAAAACUGUUAAGGACAGCGCACAACCCUCAUAACCGUUGUUUUAGUCUAGACGCAACAUUUUUGUUGUCAUUCAUGAAACGCUUAAACCAGGGACAUUUUACGGGGACAGUUUUAGCCGGGGACAGGCCAUCCAAUAUGGAGACUGUCGCUGGAAAUCGGGGGCUUUUGGUCACCUCAUUAAACACCCCAUGUCACAUUCUCACCACAUCCACAUGCUGAUGGCUCAAGGCCUAUACAGGUUUUAGUGUCUUGUCCAAGGACACUUCAGCAUGUGUGCAGGGGGACCUGCAGGACAGUGGGACACUGGGAGACAGUUGGCUCUAGCACUGAGCCACAGCGACCCCUUGAGUCCCUGUGGGACUCAUUAUCACUCUGCUGGACUUAUCCUGUCAAAACACAAGUUUUGUUUUUUGUUUUUUUCUGAGGAUGUUUAAACUAUGACUUUGCUUUCAUUUAACAUCGAAAUGUCAAAUUCAAUGAAAUUCAAAAUAAGGUAUAGAGAAGGGUAGACACCAACCCCACAGCAGCAGACAUUGGAACUGACUCAAAACAGCUAGUCUUCUUUCUGGCUGGCUGAUUUUUCUUUUUUUAGGUCACAGAGGGGUAUGACAGGAGCUUUAAUCUGUCACCAAGAUUAUCCUGGCAGAAAGACUGAAAGCUGUCUUUGCUAAAGGGAGCUGAAUUAACCUACCAGCAGCUUUAAGGCAAACUGCAUCACAGGCUACAUAGAUAAGUAUUGUCCUGUCAUCACCAUGAGGUUGCCAGGUAACUAGUAAAGACUGUGAAAAGUAACCUACCGAUAUUUGACAAUUCCUCUAACCUGAUGUUUUCUGGUUUACUCAACUCCCAUACCCUCUUGCCAAAAGAGAGAGAGAAAAAACUGUGUCGUAAAGAUAAGUCCUGACUUCUGUUUCCUUUGCAGCCUGAUUGAAAAAUGGCAUCCAGGAAAGAGCAUCAGUGAAAGUGGACAAAACCACAGCAGGGAUGAAUGCAUCUGGUAUGUUCUCCUACCAAGAGGAGGUGAUGCUGGAUAACUCCACCUGGUAUCACUCCUACUAUCACCACAACUACACCCUGUCCCCUACGCUCCUACCAGCCAAGACCAGCACCUCCAAACCUGCAGCAUGUGAGCAGGUCCACAUCGCUGUGGAGGUAUGAACACUUUAUUUACAACAUUUGUUUAGUUUAUGACAAAAAUGAGAACACACUGAAUAUGUAUUUUAGCCCUCUGCUGUUCUCUCUUUUGUUUACCUGAAUCAAACCUGCUAAAUGUUUCCAGAUUUCUCACAUCCUGGUACAGCUCAGGGGAUCAAAUGUUGACAUUGAGCACGCAGACACACAGCGGCUGCAGUUACAUGUGUACUAAUUCAAAAGAUAGCAUGUCAGACAUACAUGGUUUAUGUGUGAAACAGUGUGAACUCUAGGAAGUCUGUGUGGGUCUUGGAACAAAAACUAUAUCAUUAUCAUCAAAAAACAACCACAGGGUCAGUCAAACAAUAAGGAAAGGUUAAAUAUCGGGUGUAUAAGGUCUCUUUUAGUCACUUGUGUGUCUUUAUUUAAACCCAAAAGUAAUUUGUUCAGUUUUCUACAUGGUGACAGCUGCUGGUGGGUGGCGGUACACAGCUAAGACUCGAGUCCUACAACUGUUUGUCCAAUUUCUAGACAAAUCAAGUCAAAGUUUAUUUCUUAGGCACAUUUAAAAACAACUUCAGUUGACCAAAGUGCUGUACACGCGUACAAUAUAAUCAUGCAUACACUUAAUAAUAAUAAAAACAGUAAUGGAAUAAAAAUAAACACAAUAUUAAAAGAUAUAUAUAUAUAUAUAUAUAUAUAUAUAUAUAUAUAUAUAUAUAAAUAUAUAAAUAAAAAUAGAAACAAUCAGAGUUUAAAAGUGCUCAGUAGACUGGGCAGCUCUAACCUUGUAAUGUCAGCUGUUCCACAGUUUUGGUGUUGGUACUGAGAAGACUCUGUCGCCAUGAGUGGAGAGCCUGGGACUGGGCACUGCCAGCAGCAGUACCCAGGCCUUUUUUAUUAAUUGCCCAAAUAAUUAAUAAAAAAGAAUAGAUACUGUAUACAUCUUUUAACAAAGCUAGUGCAAAGAGACAAAGACAUGACUAAUGUGAUCACAUAGUUUCUUAUUCAUUCUAACCUCUCACCAUGACAAUCCAGGACUUCAGUUUUGCAGCUCAAAUCAAUCCAUAUCAAUCUCACAAAGGUAUUUAUGAAAUCCCUCUGCGCUGCACUUUUAGCCUCUGCCUAAUUUUGGUGAUUUUAGUGGUAUUUCCUCUGAUAUGAAGUUAGACACAGCUUGUGGGUGUUACUUUUUACACAGCUUUGUAGUCAUGAAUUUUAUUUAGAGGCUAGUAAAGUGUGAAUGUAUGAGCGAAUGAAUGAUGUAUCCAAUGUAAAGCGCUUUGAGGGUCUCUGUUAAAGCGCUAUAUGAAAUCUGAUGCAUUAUUAUUAUUAUUAAAGAGGCCCUACAGUAGCUCCUGUUAGCUGUAUGUUGAGUAUUGUUACAUUAUCUGCUGUUAUAGUGUUACUAGCAGUUUUCGGAGUCGAGCCUUCAUGAAAACUUUAAAACAGCUCCAGAUUUCAGUAACUGCUGAGACUCAAAUCCUGCUCGUACUUAACUUUGUUUACGAAGGAGUCAUUUGUGAAGUGGAGAGCAUUAGCAAGAGGCUAAUGGGAUGUGUAGCUCUUGUGGGUGAGUGAGUUCUCCCUUCAACAUGGUCCUGAUAGAAGGUGACAGCAGAGCCUGAUGUCAAAUUUGGAUCAAGUCUCACAAAAUUGAAAUGAGCUGAUGUGAAAAGCCAACAAAAAUGGUCAUGGAUUAGGCUGACAUCUCAUUCACUGAAGUUUUGAAUGGACAUCCAACAUUAUCUACAUCUGUCUAGAACCUGCGCUCAACCCAGGAGCAGCAAAGUCUGGUCUUGUUGUAUUGAUGGAGGCUUAUCUAAAAAACAUCUGAACUGAAAAGAACACACUGAUGUCUGUCUUGAAUAUAGGCAUCAAACCAAAAAUCAGCUUUUGACUGUAACCAAUAUGAUAGAGUUGAUCCAGAAGACUUUAAUGAUCAGCCUUGCCAAAAAGCCUUGGUUAGACUGAUAAAGACAGAACCAGUUAGUGUGCUUAAAUAAAAGGCCGAAAACAGGUCAUUUGUGAAUUUAAUGAGGGGGAGGACAAACUGCAAAGGUAAGAUUUUAAACUGAUUGAUGAAGUGGGGUAAUUGAUUAAAAAGAAGUUCCUCAAAAAUGUUUUCAGUGAUACAGGUAGUGGAAAUGUUCCUUUUUAAAAAAAUAAUCUUAACUGUAUGCAGCCUUUUGCAUCUUUAGCACUAAAUGAUUUGAUUUUUCGGGUCUCUGCUUUUCUAUUUUUCACUGUUAAUCUUGACUGUGCUCUCUUCAGGUCUUUUUGAUCCUGGGCAUCAUUUCCCUGCUGGAGAACAUUCUGGUCAUCACGGCCAUUGUGAAGAACAAGAACCUCCACUCACCCAUGUACUUCUUCGUCUGCAGGUAAGUGUUGAGUUACAAAACACAAGAUAGAAUAAUUUAUAAGGUCAAAGGUUUUCUACUUUCAGAUUUAUUUGUAUUUAAGAUGUCACUCCUCAGAGUUCUUAAUGACUCAAUGGGAGGUUUUUAUACAACACUAUACUGCAAAGUUUCGGGAGCAAGGCCACACCUCAACAGCUCCUCCUCAAACAGUCUUAUAGAUUCAAACUCUCUCCUCUCCUUUUCACUCUCACAUUCCCCUCCUCCACCUUUUUCAGUUUCUUUCAUCCUCCUACCCUAUGGUGGGGCCCUUAAGGGGUUUCGUCAUUCCCUGGAGCUACAGUGAUUCCCUAAUAAGCUUCACUAAACUAAUGCAAGCACCAGAACAUCAGACUCAGAAUCACGAUUCCAGUUUUAGUGAGGGGUCCAUGCUGGUAACGUUGAAGUUGAGAGCAUAGUUGCAUGUUGCCGUUAGCAUGUAACGCAAGGUGCAGCUGUGCCGAAGCUCAGUUUGACUCCAGGUGCAGCUGUAGAGUUUUAUUCAUUAAGAAAUCGUAUGGAAAUUUAAAUCGUGUUUUUCAUUGCUGAUUGAACCAAACAGAAAAAGGUAUGGUGGCCGACAAGUCUAUUGAUCUUUAUUAGGAGGAAUGCACUGACAAAGCAAAAAGGCAGAGAAGCAAUAACAGCUAAAGAUAAAAGCAGCUAAUAUAUUAGACUUAGAGCUCCACACUUGUGGGAGAGCUGAGUGACAGUGUUAUUCACAAAGAAGAAGAAGAUUUCACAGUGAACUUGUUCAGGUUAGAAUGUGUCACAUUUGAUAUCAGAGAAUCAUAAAAUCAAGUCAACAGAAGAUCCAGAACUAGAUUCAGACACUGCUAACGCUGCAGAAAAGGUGGGGAUGAGAAGUAUUUUUUGAAAACUCUUAUUUGAUGCUUUCAUUCUUGUUUGCAGCAGCUUUCUGCUUUUGUGUGUUUUUGCUUUGUAUCACUUAUGUAUUUGCAGCACUUCUGCUGUGCUAGCAGAUGUUUUGGCUUUUUGCUGUGCGUUUCUACUGUUGUAUUUGUUAUGGACUGUUGCGUAUGUCAUUUCAGAAGAUUGUUUGGGCUGCUGCAGAUCAUAGGUCCUUGUCAGCCAACAUAAAAAUGAAUUUAGUAAUGUAAUAAAAGCAAAUAGGCCAAACGUUCUGGUGAGUCUGGAGCAAAAAAAGACAGAUUUGUCUGGCUUUAUUUUGUUUUGUCAUUUGAUUUGAUAAAAUCAGUCUCUGAUGAAUCUUUUUUCCCUGAACUGUUAGACGUAGCAACCAGUAUUGAAAUACACGUCAUGAAUUUCUUAACUCCACUUGAAAGAAUCAAUAAAUGCACACAACAUCUCAGCUUUGACAUAUACAGUAAUUAGCUGUAAGUAUUUUGGUCUGGAACAUGCGCUUUAAAAUAUUCUUCCCACCAAAACAGGAUACUCAGUUGAUGCCAGCGGCAUGUUCAGAGACAGAGUAGACAUUCAGGUCAGAGUGAACACUUUGAUGCUGCUCUGAAUGAUUUCUCUGAGAAGUAUGAGUCUCUGCUGUAAGUGUUGAACAGACAGAUGGGGUUACUAAAGGAUAAGAGCAGAGCAGACUGAAAACAGUCUGAAAACAUCUGAAAACAUCUCUGACUCUGGGGAAAUAGACUUUUUCAUGGUUUUCUGUACCAAUCAGCUCAGUAUACAGCUGAUCAUGAUUAUAACUCAUGUGCUUCUGUGUCAUUAAUAAAGUUGAAUGAAGGAAAUGAGCUUUGAAAACCUGCAAGUCCUCCUGAUUAGAACAAGGUGGUUAAGCCUCUCCUGCUUGUUUUGUUGUUGCAGUCUGGCAGUAGCAGACAUGCUGGUGAGUGUGUCCAAUGCCUGGGAGACCAUCAUUAUUUACCUCCUCAACAACAGGCAGCUGGUGGUGGAGGACCACUUCAUCAGACAGAUGGAUAACGUCUUUGACUCCAUGAUCUGUAUCUCAGUGGUUGCGUCGAUGUGCAGCCUGCUGGCCAUUGCUGUGGACAGGUAAUGAUGGGGGGAGGUGUGUGCGCUUAUUGACACAAACACAAUCAACCUAUUAAAUGAGACAAUUUCACACAGCUCUACUCUAUCAUUAAAUGAGAAGGUUCUCUGAAAUUAGCUUGUGAAAAUUAUCCAAUACAAUAAAUAACAUAAGAGUGUUCAACAGCACAGGAGGUGUGAUACAACUGUCAAUUGUGUUAUUUAUUUAUUUAUUUAUUUAUUUAGUUAGUUAGUUAGUUAGUUAGUUAGUCCUAAUGACCACACACUCAGGGAGAAUAUUCAAUUACUAUUAUUUGAACUAAUAUGAAUAACGUAUCACUAAAGGAUGUCUUAAAAUGUGUCUAACUCUGGUUAAAAACUUUGGCAAAAACUCAUAAGUCCAGUAACACUGAAGGCUGCUCUCUGCACCAGACUGGAGGGAUCGUUCUAAAUUAAACUUUAGUUGAAUGAUCUGAAGCUUGGUGUAGCUGGUGUUGUGGUUCUAAUGGUGGUUAUAAUUACUGAACUGUAGCUUGGAGUCUGAUAAAGAGUGCAGUAAAAUACAGGAGAGAUCAAGCCAGAGACAGGCUCGUGAAAAGUAGAUGGAUGGAUCAGAGUCAUGUCUGAUCAUCACCUCGUAUUAAAACAAUAUAAAAACUUGGUUACUAACUUCAUCUACCUCUCUAGCUCUAGUGGAGCCUUCUUUAUUAAAACAAAUUAAACAACAUCUUCACUACUCUUCUUCACUGAAUACUUACAGACAUACAGUAUGAGCCCAGUCCAGUUUUCUGCUACGCACCCAGCUCUAAUGCAGAGUUUGUCUUCACAUGCUGAAAUGGCAUGAGAAAUCAUAUGAAAUGCAUUUUUACAUGACCCUGAAGAAUCAUUCCAUUUUAAAAAACAAUCUGUUGUCAUUACAAAUGAAAUCUAAAAGGAAAAGUACCCUUGUGUCUUUCUCUCGCUGAAUGCAGUUUUGUUGCUCAGAGCUGUUUUUCUAAUAUAUAUCUGUGAACAGUUUAUGAGUGACGCUGCCUGGUUCAGCCUGGUUGAAGUUAAUUCACUUCAAUGUGCCUGUGAUUUUAAUCCUAAUGAAGAUUGUGAAAUCUUCAUCAUGAUCUGAUCAUUUUGAUAUCAAGGUAAACAAUUUCGGAUGAUAAAAGUGUGGCAAGAUCAUCUCAUAUUUGAUGCUCUCAGGUGUAUAAAAAAUGAUUUUCACUCAUGUGAGAGUUGAACAUGCAGUAAAUUAAACUGUCACUAUAGAAACAAGCUAUCAUACACUCUGCAUCAGGAACAUUCGUUGAUGUCCCUCCAAGAAAUGUUGGCUCAGAGAUGAACCUCACUAAGCAGAUAGACUGAACCUGGCACUGGUGAACCACACGUCUGCAGGCAGGAGCAAAACUAAUCAGGACUGAGUCCGGUGAGAAAGCUCUCACUGCUAGGUAAUGUGAACACAAACACAUCGGCAGUCCUAGCACCACAAUGAAGUAGAGACUAGGCAUUAGAUUUUUUUGGACAGGCCCAGAUUUACAGAAAAGUUCAUGGACAUAUAUAUGUAUAUAUAUAUAUAUAUAUACACUCCUGAUCAAAAUCUUAAGACCAGUUAAAAAACUGCAAGAAUUUAUAUUUAGCACUGUUGGACUUUAAGACGGUUCUUCGUAGAGCUUAAAAAUGCAAAAAGAAGAAAUGGGAACAAGAGACCAAAAGUUUUGAGCAGGUAAUUUAUUGAAAACAACAAUUUAACUGAAAUCGGCUGUUCAUCAGCUGAUCAAAAGUUUAAGACCACAGCCUUUAAAAACCCAAAUCUUGCGAAAAUUUGGAUUCUGUGUCAUUUCUUGUCAAGGGGUCACACUGUCAACAUCUCUUGAUGGCAUAGGCAAAAAAACUCACUGCUUUUGAACGUGGUAGGAUUGUUGAGCUGCAUAAAAAGGCCUCUCACUACGUGCCAUUGCUGCUGAGGUUGGACACAGUAAGACCGUUAUUUUUCAUUUCUUAAAAGAUCCGGAGGGUUAUGGAACAAAAAAAUCAAGUGGUAGACCCCAAAAAAUCUCACCAGCGCUGAGCCGGAGAAUCCGCAGGUGUGUCCAUCAAGAUGCCGGACGAUCCUCAUCCCAAAUUAAGGCCAUUACAGGAGCUGACUGCAGCCCAAUAACAAUCAGAAGACAUCUGACAAGGAAGGGCUUCAAAAACAAAAAACGUCUUCAAAGGCCACGUCUCCUUCAACGUCACAAAAUUGCUCGUCUGGGCUUUGCGAGGGAGCACCAAACAUGGGACCUUCAAAGUUUUAUUCUCUGAUGAGAAAAAAUUUAACUUCGAUGGUCCUGAUGGCUUCCAACGCUACUGGCAUGACAAGGAGAUGCCACCUGAGAUGUUUUCUACGUGGCACAGUGGAGGGGGCACCAUCAUGAUCUGGGGUGCUUUCUCCUUCAAUGGAACAGUGGAGCUCCAGGUUGUGCAGGGGCGUCAAACAGCAGCUGGCUAUGUGGAGAUGUUGCAGCGGGCAUUCCUCAUGACUGAGGGCCCUCGUCUGUGUGGCAAUGACUGGGUUUUUCAGCAGGACAACGCUACAAUUCACAAGGCCCGUCUGACCAAGAACUUUCUCCAGGAGAAUAGCAUCACUCUUUUGGACCAUCCUGCAUGUUCCCCUGAUCUAAAUCCGAUUGAGAACAUUUGGGGAUGGAUGGCAAGGGAGGUUUAUAAAAAUGGACAUCAGUUCCAGACAGUGGAUGCCCUCCGUGAAGCCAUCUUUAGAACUUGGAGCAACAUUCCCACUAGCCUUUUGGAAACACUUGUAUCAAGCAUGCCAAAACAAAUGUUUGAGGUAAUCAACAACAAUGGUGGAGCUACUCAUUACUGAGUCAGUUUUUGACACUUUAAUUUCUGUUUUUGGAGGUGUUUAGGUUUUUUUGAGCUGUGGUCUUAAACUUUUGAUCAGUUGAUGAACAGCCUAUUUCAGUUAAAUUGUUGUUUUCAAUAAAUUACCUGCUCGAAACUUUUGGUCUCUUGUUCCCAUUUCUCCUUUUUGCAUUUUUAAGCUCUACGAAGAACCGUCUUAAAGUCCAACAGUGCUAAAUAUAAAUUCUUGCAGUUUUUUAACUGGUCUUAAGAUUUUGAUCAGGAGUGUAUAUAUAUAUAUAUAUAUAGAUAGAUAGAUAGAUAGAUAGAUAGAUAGAUAGAUAGAUACAGACAGACAGACAGACAGACAGACAGAUAGAUAGAUUUUUUAACUUUUCUUAUACAUCAAUAGGUUCACAUUAUAAGAUGUCUGUAGCAAAAGGCUGCAAAAAUUACAGACAUCUCAUACUAAAGAUGUACAUUCCGCCUGUUGAUGAUAAAUUUGUAAGAUGGUUCAUCUAUAAAGGCCAGACAGGUAAAAAAACAUUUUGUACAUGACAAGUUUUAGGCUACUAUGCCGUCUGUGUCGUCUGUGUCACGUGACGUCACACCAACAUCACGUGACACCUCUGAUGAAGGCUGCAGAGGCAAAGUAGACAAAACUUGUCAGGUAGAAAACAUUUUUUACCUUUCUGGCCUUUAUAGAUGAACCAUCUUACAAAAUUAUCAUCAACAGGCGGAAUAAACCUCUUUAGUAUAAGAUGUCUGUAGUUUUUGGAAACAUAAAAUCAAAGAAAAAUGUGCUUAUUUACUGUAAACUUUUUUGAAUCAGUCAAAAUUAAUUCAUCAUGACAGCAUAAUUACGCACCUUUAACUCACAGCUUUAGCCAAUAGUACAGCCUAUCAUUUACAAGGAUGUCAAAGUACACAAAAAAUGACUCAGUCAGUAAAUAUUUAACUAGAAAGGUCCCAGUUAUAUAUCUCCUGCAAAGUAUCUCAGUGAGCAGCAAAAAUGUCCUCGUUAUUUUAGCACCCAGGUUCUUUAAUUAGCAAGUGAACGUCCUCAGAUGAGGUUUGGUCCACGCAGUGAUAGGAAACUUUUGUCUUUUUUGUGACUUUUCUUCAACUCUUGAGGUUUUGUUUACUAACCAGCUUUCUAGGAACAGAUUCAGGUUCUGGCUCAAAGCCUGUUCUGCAAAAACUGGAGCAUGCUCAGAAUGUUUAAGCUAGUUUCAGUUCAACUGAGUGACAUACAUGACAGAGAAAAUCAAUACCCAACCUCACUAUCCUCACGAGGUAUGUUAGUUUAUGAGAAGAUUGAUUUCUAAUGAAUUAAUGUGUUUGUAUGUUUUUGAAAGUCCAGCAGCAGUUGGACUAGGGUAAUAAAUAAAAACAUACUCCAUGUCUGAUAUUCUACUUAGAGAUAACACUGUGCAGGCAAGUGUGUUUUGCCUCUGGUCUGAAUACAGUUUAUGUCUUUCAGUCAAAUGGAGUGUCACCACUUUAAAUUCAAACAGAGAAGUGGGCUCUUCGCUGCCUUGGAAAAUUGUCAGUUCUUUGUAAAACUGAUAAGAACUGGAGGACACACACUGUUUAAUGAGAUGAAGACACUGUUGAAUGUUAGAACUGGAGAAAAAAAAUGCAGUUUUAUUCUCACAGUGUAUUUUUUUCACGUCCACUGCUGAAUCUAUACAGUUCUUUAUUCACAUCUCAGUUGCUGUAAGAUCAUAAGCUACAUCCUUUGUUUGCUUGUGCAGGUACGUCACUAUCUUCUACGCUCUGAGGUACCACAACAUCAUGACAGUGAAGAGAGCUGGCUGCAUCAUUGGAGGAAUCUGGACCUUCUGCACAGGCUGUGGUAUCGUCUUCAUCAUCUAUUCAGACACCACCCCUGUCAUCAUCUGCUUGGUCUCCAUGUUCUUUGCCAUGCUGCUCAUCAUGGCCUCCCUCUACAGCCACAUGUUCAUGCUGGCUCGCUCCCACGUCAAACGCAUUGCCGCCCUGCCCGGGUACAACUCCAUCCAUCAGCGCGCUAGCAUGAAGGGGGCCAUCACUCUUACCAUUCUGCUGGGGAUCUUCAUAGUCUGCUGGGCCCCCUUCUUCCUCCACCUCAUCCUGAUGAUCUCGUGUCCCAGGAACCUCUACUGCGUGUGCUUCAUGUCGCACUUCAACAUGUACCUCAUCCUCAUCAUGUGCAACUCUGUGAUCGACCCGCUCAUCUAUGCCUUCAGGAGUCAGGAGAUGAGGAAGACUUUUAAGGAGAUCAUCUGCUGUUACAGCCUGAGAAAUGCCUGCACCAACAUCUGUGCUCUGACGGGUAAGUACUGA